UGUUGGGUCCGAUGGUCUCUCCGUUCUUAAACCACUCCUUCACAGGAUUAAGCGGCGUCCAGUGCGUCUCUCGUUUUGGAGAGCUGGAGACUUUUUCCCGCGUCUCUCUUCCGUCAGCUCCUCUUCUUCCUUCUCUCUCUUUCAUAUCCAAUUUUCCUAAUAAAUUGCAUUUUAUUUUUAUUUAUGGAUUUUCUUAUUUUCUUUCUUGUUCUUCUGUGUCUCCACGGCUUUCUCUCCGGACCACUCAAAGUCUCUAAGGUCUUCCAAACCGAAAAUCCACAAGAAUCUGCCUAUGGGUUCGUCGGAAAACAACCCUCUUGUCAAAACACAUCUUCGAUUUUUCUUCUAAUCUUCCCCGUCUGCAGAUUUCCCUGGUUGAGUUUUAAGUUUCAGUUUCUCCGGUUACACGUGGAAGCAGAGCAAGCAACAUUGAUGUCUCAUUGACGAAUGCAAGGGAGAUUAAGCUUUGAGAGGAGAGCAUAUCCAUUGCUUCACACUUUGGAUUAUUGGGUCGCUCUGUGUUUUCUCUUUGACACAAUCGGAGCCUUUGAAGGGGCACAACUCGUCUGAGAUGAGAAACAUUCCCCCAGAAAAGGCGCCAUGUGAACUCAAAAAAUUGAAUCAAAUUACAAAAGAUUCCGUUAAUGCAAUUAAUGGCCCACCCUAUGAAUGUGAAGAUAGCGAAUCUGUUGCCACAAACAAUAUUAAUUCAACUAGUAACCCCUCAUAUGAACACAAGAAAAGGGAUCCUAUUUCCAAAACUAAUAGUAGCCAAACCAGUAAUCCAUGCCGAUUGCCAUGCCCAAAGGUUAUAAAUUCAGAAACAACAACAGCAACAGCCACAGCCGGAUUGGUAACAUCAUCAUUAGCGCUGCCAACAACAACAAUUGGAAAGGCAAGCGAUGGAAAGAGAUCUAAUUCCAUUACCAGCCUUGGUCAAGGGAGCUGUAAUAGUAUAGUUAGUACUCGAAGCAACAGCAUAGACAGCUCCAGUGCACCUCUCAAACCCCACACUGGCGGCGAUGGUAGGUGGGAAGCCAUUCAACUGGUGGCUGCCAGAGAUUCUCCUAUUGGUAUCAACCAUUUUCGGCUCCUCAAGCGCCUUGGUUAUGGGGACAUUGGGAGCGUCUAUCUUGUUGAACUUAAGGGAACUAAUGCAUACUUUGCCAUGAAAGUUAUGGACAAGGCAUCACUGGCUAGUAGAAACAAGGUACUCCGAGCACAGACAGAAAGGGAGAUUCUUGCUCUUCUUGAUCAUCCAUUCUUGCCCACUCUCUACUCGCAUUUCGAGACAGAUAAGUUCUAUUGCUUAGUCAUGGAAUUUUGCAGUGGGGGUAAUCUUCAUUCUCUUCGCCAAAAGCAGCCCAACAAGUACUUCAGUGAGCAUGCUGCACGGUUUUAUGCAUCAGAGGUAUUGCUGGCACUUGAGUAUCUGCACAUGCUUGGGGUCGUGUACAGGGACCUUAAGCCAGAAAAUGUGCUAGUAAGAGAUGAGGGACAUAUCAUGCUAUCUGACUUUGACCUUUCACUUCGAUGCUCUGUCAACCCAACACUGGUCAAGUCAUCAUCAGGCCAUGGUGGAACUGGAGGCAUUCUUGAUGAUGAAUUUGCAGUUCAUGGAUGUAUCCAACCAUCAGCAUUUUUCCCACGCAUCCUACCUAAGAAGAGUCGCAAAUCUAAAUCUGAGUUCAACCUCUUUGCUGGUGGGGCUCUGCCAGAGCUAAUGGCAGAACCCACAAAUGCACGUUCAAUGUCAUUUGUUGGGACCCAUGAGUACCUGGCCCCAGAGAUCAUACGCGGUGAGGGUCAUGGCAGUGCAGUUGAUUGGUGGACCUUCGGCAUCUUUUUAUAUGAGCUGUUGCAUGGAAUAACGCCGUUCAAAGGUGCAGGCAACCGUGCUACACUUUUUAAUGUAGUGGAUCAGCCAUUGCGGUUCCCAGAUGUACCAUCUGUGAGCCUUGUGGCAAGGGACCUUAUCCGGGGCCUCUUGGUGAAAGACCCACAGAAACGAAUUGCUUACAAGAGGGGUGCCACAGAGAUCAAGCAACACCCAUUCUUUGAGGGAGUUAACUGGGCUCUUGUGAGGAGCAGCAUGCCACCACACAUACCUGAACCUGUAGACUUUAGUCACUUUGCAAGUAAGGAGAAAGUGCACACGAACAAGAAGGUGGUAGGAAAUGGUAUUGGUGGUGGUGGUGGCGGCGCUGGCGCUGGCGGCGGUGGUGGUGGAGGAAGCAUCAGCAGCACUGCCGGUGGUGGUGAGCAUAAUAGCAGUUUAAAUGAUUCAUCUUACAUUGAUUUUGAAUACUUCUAGGAUAAAUGUGGCCUACAUCUUUUUUUGGAGGGAUAUCAUCUUUGUACAUCCACAAGGAACCAGAGUCAGAUAUGUAUGUUGGUUUUAGCAUGAAUUCAAAGGUGAAUUUUGAUGGUCAGGAAGACUUGAUUCUUUGUCUAGGAGGUUAAAAUAAGUGUUCCAUUCCAAGGAUGGGAAAUUCAUCCAAUUACCAUUCUAACCUGAAUUUUGUAUGACCCACAAGAUUUGUAUGUUAAGCACCAAGUCUGCAAGUUGUACAUGAUUAAUUAUUAUAA